CUUCCAUACCAAAUCUUUGCAUCUCUCUCUAAAAAAAACCUUCACUUACUUUUCCCCAAUCAUGACUUCAUCAAACAAACACUGGCCUAGCAUGUUCAAAUCCAAGCCCACUCAUGACAUGAUCAACUCUUCCCUAACUCAAUCAAACAAAGGGCAUGGAUGUGAUGAGAGGACCCCCGAGCCAAAAGCUCGGUGGAACCCUCGGCCGGAGCAAAUCCGGAUCCUGGAAACAAUCUUCAACUCGGGGAUGGUGAACCCUCCCCGAGAUGAGAUACGCAGAAUUAGGGCUCGGCUGCAGGAAUACGGCCAAGUCGGAGACGCCAACGUCUUCUACUGGUUCCAAAACCGGAAAUCGAGAAGCAAACACAAGCAGCGCCGCCUCCAAACCUCCUCCGCUCCAUCUCCGUCGUCUUCCUCCUCUGACAAGUCAUCCGGUGAGAAAUCCAUCUCCGUCUCUGUGACUGACUUGAUCAACUCGCCAACUGCUUCGGUGAACCAACCGAUCCUCGCGGAGCCCUUCCAUUUUCCGGCCGGUCAAGGGGUUUGCUUCCCUGCGGCGGAGCAGAAUUCGAGCUUCCUCCUAAAUGAGCUGAUGAUGAUGAGCAAGCACACCCAAACCAUGCCACCAAACCCUUCUACGUCUUUCUUCGUCCCUUCUCCUAGUAAUGAUCAUCUUCUUCAAGGUGCAGGUGUGGAGGAACGUGGGCCCACAAAAUCGACGGUGUUCAUUAACGAUGUGUGCUUCGAGGUUGCAGUUGAGCCAUUCAAUGUGCGGGCGGUGUUUGGAGAUGAUGCGGUGCUCUUCCACUCCUCCGGCCAGCCUGUUCUGACCGACGGCUGGGGGGUGACGCUCCACCCCCUUCAUCACGGCGGCGUCUACUAUCUCCUCCGCCCCUUCAUGAAAAUAUGAUUUGGGAGUGACUGAGGAAGGCUGUGGCAGAAGAAUUUCUAGUUUUGUUAUGUUUUACUUAUCAUUUUCUUCAUAAUGUAAGAUGGAUCUUCAAUGUUGGGAACAAUCUCCACAUGAUUUUAGGAACGAAACUACAGUUACUAAGUUGUUCUAUUUGUUUCUAUUCAUCACUAA